AUGUUGCCGCAGCACUUCGAGCUGCUGAAAGGCCUGAUCAACCCCAACUACGCGGCGCAAGCCGAGCAGGCGCGCAACUCGCGCUCCAAGCUGGUGACGUCGCUGCUGACGCGCCGCCCUCGGCGCGAAUACGACGAGGGCGACGAGGACGGCGGUAAGGGGGCGGCGUCUGAGGGGGUGUAG